CCGGAGGCCCAUGGGGCGGUGGGACCGGCCGGGCUCGCUGAGGCGGGCAGGUCUUCCGGCGCCGGCACCGCCUCCUGCCAAGGGGAUCUGGCGCCUGCCGGGAGGGUGGCUUCGUGGCCCGCGGGUCCCGGACCGGGAUUCCGGCAGCUCAUCUCUUGCGGUUCAUCGCACACGCGGAGGUUGGCGUACCUGCGGGGAUCGCACCUGCGGAGGGCGUAGCUGGGCGUGAGGAGGAGGAAGGGCGAGAUCCAGCCUGAGUGACCGGCGCUCCAGCCUGCCCUCGUAAGACCUGGGCCUUGGGGGGACCAAAGGGACGAGACUGCCCAGGCCCUGCCUCGGAGAAUUCCCCUGCUCAUCGGGGGCGGGCGUGAGGGAGCAGAUAAACUCAUCACAGACCAAAGAUGGCUGCGUUGGGAAGGAGGCUGGAUUUGGGGCACAGAGACAAACAAAUACACUUCCAAGAGAGCUGCCAGAUCCUGAGGAGAUAAGAUGUGAUGUCAAGCUGGCAUGUUUAUGGGGACUGGAGACUCUUAACCAGUAGAAGAGGGUGGCCCCUGGGUGGGGUGAAGCUCCCUCAUCUUUACUCUCGUCCCCAUCCCAUUGUGGGCCACUGGCUACAAGAUGAACUGUCGCUCGGAGGUGCUGGAGGUGUCGGUGGAGGGGCGGCAGGUGGAGGAGGCCAUGCUGGCCGUGCUGCACACAGUGCUUCUGCACCGCAGCACAGGCAAGUUCCACUACAAGAAGGAGGGCACCUACUCCAUUGGCACCGUGGGCACCCAGGAUGUUGACUGCGACUUUAUCGACUUCACCUACGUGCGUGUCUCCUCUGAGGAGCUGGACCGCGCCCUGCGCAAGGUCGUCGGGGAGUUCAGGGAUGCUCUGCGCAACUCUGGGGGCGACGGGCUGGGGCAGAUGUCCUUGGAGUUCUAUCAGAAGAAGAAGUCUCGCUGGCCUUUCUCAGAUGAGUGCAUCCCCUGGGAGGUGUGGACCGUCAAGGUGCACGUGGUGGCCCUGGCCACGGAGCAGGAGCGGCAGAUCUGCCGGGAGAAGGUGGGCGAGAAGCUCUGUGAGAAGAUCAUCAACAUAGUGGAAGUGAUGAACCGGCACGAGUACCUGCCCAAGAUGCCCACGCAGUCCGAGCUGGACAAUGUGUUUGACACAGGCCUGCGGGACGUGCAGCCCUACCUCUACAAGAUCUCCUUCCAGAUCACCGACGCCCUGGGCUCCUCUGUCACCACCACCAUGCGCAGGCUCAUCAAAGACACCCUAGCCCUCUAGGCCUUGCUGGGGCCUUGCGUGCGCCUUGAUGGCUUGUGGACCUUGGCUUCUGAGGACCAUACUGUUAGGCCCUUAGGGGCUCUGGAACCCACUCUGGGUCCUUGAUGAGACUUGGAAGGGCCACUGCUGGCUUCCUUGUUUUGUGGUUGCCAGUCUCUGGCCAUCCUCUUAACCUUCACUGUGGGUCAAGUCUGGCCUCCAUGGUCUCUCCGCUCCCCUGGUGGGGGGGGUCCCCUUUCCUUCACUGUACAGAGGAGUCGUCACUAGGAUAGUGAAUAAAAUUGAGAAUGUGAAUUUAGGUUGAGCCAUCUGUCCCUUGGCUGGCGUUCUGCCCUGAAACAUGAACACUUCUGGCAGACCUAUGGGGACAUGGGGGUAUGUGGAGGGCAACAUUCCAAGAUGAGAGGAGUGGGUGGAUGGGAUUAAAGACAGAUUAAAGCUGA